AUGGCUUUGUUAGCUAAACAAGCUUGGCGUGUAUUGUCAUACCCGGAUUCAUUGUUAGCAAGAGUACUUAAAAGAAAAUACUUUCCACACUCAACUUUCCUUGACGUUUUUACACCAUCUACUGGAUCAUGGAGCUGGAGAAGUAUUUUGUGGGGAAGAGAUCUAUUAGUUACUGGACUAAGAUGGAGGAUAUCUGAUGGGAAAAAUAUAAAUGUUUGGAUCGAUCCUUGGAUCCCAAGAAAUAAUGGUUUUACUCCAAAAAGUAUUCAAAUGCAAAACAAUUUAGAUUUUAAGGUUGCCGACUUAAUUGACGAAGAUACGCAUACCUGGAAACUUCAUAAGAUAAGUACGACCUUUGAACCUGAAGAUGUAGAUGCAAUUUUGUUUAUUCCAAUAUCCAUCAUAGGUCUUAAUGAUAGAUUACUGUGGCAUCACUCAAAAUCUGGAAACUAUGAAGUUAAGUCAGGUAACUAUUUAGCAAAGGGUUUGACAGAAUUAUUAUAUUUGAGUGUUAAUAUUAUGUGGCAAAUUUGGAAAGGUAGGAAUUCUUGGUGCUUUAAUCAGGAAAUGUUAGAGCCAACUGAUAUUGUUUCUAAAACUCCUUUUGAGUAUGAAGAAUAUAAAGAUAUAUUAACUAGUUGCCUCGCUACACGACAUUCAACUAGAAAUGAGUUUGUGCCUAAACUAACCAAUUUUCAAGAUGAUGUUUUAUUAUUUACAGACGCAGGAUUACGGUGUGAUGAUAGACAUGCGAGUAUUGGUGUCGCGGCUUUGAAUAGCCUUGGAAAACUGCUUCAUGCCCAUGGAUCCCCAAUUCAGUAUGUUGGGAAAACCAUGACUGCUGAAGCGGUUGCCAUAAGAAAGGCACUUGAAUGUGCUAUUACUCUUGGAUGGAAAAGUGUGAAGAUUUUAUCUGAUGCUAAGAAUGUUGUUGAUAUGAUCCAAAAAUAG